AUGAGAAUUAAUAAAGCAUUUCUUCAGAGUCUUUUGGCUGAAUGCGUGUGUACGUUUAUAUUUGGAUAUGCCAUAUACUCUACAUCACUAAAUGUAAAAGGCCCUGAAGUCACUUCUUCGGAUGUAUUUGUCCCACUUGCCGUAGGGUUUUCAGGUAUAGUUGUAAUAUACACUUUCUUGGAUCAUACCAUUUGCCAUUUUAACCCAGCGAUCACACUGUCCGCAAUUCUGACCUUUAAACUGCCAAUCAUUGCUGGUCUGUGCUACAUUAUUGCUCAGGAAAUAGGGUUUAUUCUUGCUGCUUGUGUUGCUAAAGUGAACUUCUCGUUAGGGUGGAAGGAGACAAUGGAUUUAAUAUCGCCAGGUCGUGUAAAUCCAGAUGUAAGCAAUACAUCUCUGUUUUUCACUGAAUUUACGUUAACUGCCAUUUUGGUGUUUGUAGCUUUUGAAAAUGGUAUAAACUCACGAAGAAACCCAGAAGUUUCUCUCUAUGGUGACAAGCCACAGGUUGAUAGAAGUAUUGUUGUUCCACUUACAAUAGGUCUGACUCUUGGUUUCUUAGCAUUCCUUGCUGGCACCACGUCAGGAGGUGCCUUCAAUCCGGGUUUAAUAUUUGCGCCAAACUUACUUGGAAACACAUGGAAUAGCGAUGCCUGGGAAUAUUACGUUGGUGAGUUCACGGGUGGCCUUUUAGGUGCAUUAAUUCAAGUUUGGCUACUCUUUAAGUAA